AUGCUGAACAAUAUUGAUACAAAUGAAAAUAUAAAUAAAAAAAUUAAAAAAUUAGAUAACGAAAAAAUAGAAGACUAUUUUGUUAUUAAAAAUUUCUUACCAAUAUGUGAAGAAUUCUUAUUAAAACAUUACAAGCACUUGUUUGAAGAUUUUAUAAACAAACAAGAUGAAAACAAAUGCAAUAAUAAUAUCACAACCCAAGUAAAGAAAGAGAAUACACAUCAACGUUUUAGACAAAAUGAUGAAAAUUUUCAACCCAAACAAUUUGAAAAUAUAAACAUUGCUACACCAUCAAAGAAAAGAAAAAAGUCUUACGAAACAGACACACAAGAUGAUACUACAAAUAAUACAAAAAAAAAUAAAUAUAAAAAAAAAAGACAGAAAUUUCAUUCAAACAAAUUUAAUCUAUAUCAAUAUUAUGCACAAAUAAAUAAAAAAAGUUUAAAAGAAAUCGAAUUACCAUUUGAUCGAGCUGUUUUACUAAAUGCUAUCGAUAAACAAAAUAAUACUAAAAAAAUUAUAAAAAUUAUAAAUAAAAAAAAAGCAUUAAGUGCUUUUGGUGAAACAUGGGGACAUAUGAUAGAGUAUAUUCUAUCAAUAAACCAACAUAAAAAUUUAAUGAAAAUAUAUGAUAUAUAUGAUGAUGGUAAAAAUUUCUAUUUAAUUAUGGAAAAGUUAAGAGGCAAAGAAUUGUUUACAUUCUUAGUAUAUAAAAAACAAAUUAAAGAAAAUGUAUGUAAAUAUAUAAUGUUACAAAUAUUAGAAGCUGUUAAUUAUUUACACUAUCAUAAUAUUAUACAUCGAGAUAUUAAACCAGAAAAUCUUAUGUUUCGAAAUAAAAAAAGAAAAGAUAAAAAUUAUGAAUAUAAUUAUGAGCUAGUACUAAUAGAUUAUGACACUUGCCAGUUCAUCAAACCGCAAACCUAUUUCACUCUCCUCCCAAGUAAUAAUCAGCAUUAUAAAAAUGGUACUCCCAAAAAUGGGCAUGCAAAAAUUGAGCAAAAGACAAGCUCCAUCAAUCAAAUUACCUACUUCUCCGAAACCAAAGGUACCACUCUUAAAUCAGCUAAAAUUGUUAGAAAUAAAAAUGAGAUUGAACAGAUUGACAAACAUAAUGAAACAUCUUUCAAGUGGGGAAUGUAUAGAAAACGAAAUCUAGAAAUUAGUGAGAAAAAAAAAGAAACUGAAAUAAAGACAGUACAACAUAAUGAUAGUACAAAUUGUAUAUCACCAAAAAAAUCAAAGCAUGUAAAACUGGUUGGAACAUAUGGAUAUAUAGCUCCUGAAAUUAUAAAAGGAUUAAAUUAUUCUAUAUCUUCAGAUAUAUGGUCAAUAGGAAUUAUAUUGUAUAUACUAAUCACAGGAGUUACACCCCUUCCUAUGUGUCUUAUGAUUAAUUAUAGAAAUACAAAAGAAAUAUUAAUGAAAAAAGAAAAAAAAGGAAUAAACUUUAAUCUAUUAUCUUUUAAUAAUUAUCCAUUAGCUAAAGAUUUAUGUCAACAAUUUUUACAAUUCGAUCCAACAAAAAGAAUUAAAAAUACAAUCACUGCUUCCUACCAUCCAUGGCUAAGAUUUUUUAAUUUUUCAAAAAAAAAUUAUAUAACUAACACAUAUAGACAUAAUAAUUUAUAUAAUGCAUUAUCAUUUUAUUCAAACAAAAUUUAUAAACCUAAUAAAUCCCCAAUAAGUCAUCAUCAAAAUAAUUAUCAUACUAUUUUAAAACCUUCUUUUUCCUCUAAUAAAAUUACAUACUCUAUAUCUGAAAUUAUUCCUGAAUCGAUAUUUACAAAAGAAAAUAAAAAUAAUAUCCAACUUAAAUAUACAAUACCAAUUCAGUACGAAGCAAAUAAUACUAUAUAUCCAAUUGUUUUUCACAACAAUUUUAAUUUAUAUCCUCAAAGUCAGUUUGAAGAAUCAAAUCAUCUUAUCAUUCAACAUAAUUUAGAUAUCCUCAAGUCUUUAAAAAAUACAAAAGAAAUCACAGACCAAUCUGCAAACCAAAUAUUAUAUAACAACAACAACAACAACGAUGAAAAUGCUUUUCAAAAUUGCUACCCAAAUCAUGCUAAUUUAUUAAUAUGUAAAACUGGAAUAGUCAAACAAGAUACCAUUCACUACAACUUAAAUAAUACUACACAUGUUGCAAAAAAAGUGAAAAAUAAUCAUAUACAUAUGGCUUGGGAAAAUGAACAAAAUGUGCCAUUACAUGAUAUGCCUCUUAAAAUUGAAAAGGACAAUACUUAUAUAAAUAAAUCCAAUUUAAAACAUAAUACAAAUGGAUAUAAACAUGUUAUGCAUUUAUUUGAAAAUAUAAUAGAAAAUAAAAAAACAAAUUUAUAUAAGUUUCCUUCCAUAAACAAUAGUACAAUACCGUUUACAUACACAGAUUACCCAAACAAUAUAUCCAUACACCCACUUACAAACUCCCAUGUAAAUAAUAAUGAAAUAAAAUGUGAAUGUCAACCAUCUAACAAUAAUUAUAAUAAAAAUAUGAAUGAGUGUAAUAUAAAAAUAUGUCAAGCUCAAAAUGGAGCAUCAAAUUUUAAAGUCUCAAACCUAACAACUUCUCUACCAUCCAUUGAAAAUAAAAAUGAUAUAAAACAAAAAACAAACAAACUAAAUAUAUCUGAUCAUACUGUCAAUACAUUGACCGACUGUCAAGUAAUUAACAAAUAUAAUGAUAUAAUUAAAAAUUCCCAAAAUCAAUCUAACAUUUUGUAUAUACAUGAAAAUGUACAAAAAAAUAAACCAAACCAACAAUAUAUGCAAAAUGGAUGUACAAACAUAAAUAUUCAAAACUACAAUGACACACUUCCUACUAUAGUGCCUUAUAAAGUUCCAGAUAAUAAUUAUUGUCAUAUAUUUUAUUCCGCCAUCCCUCAAAAUAAUAGUAACAUAUCUGAUACCCCAAAUGAAGAAGAUCAAAACCAAUAUUGUCCAAUACAUAAUUAUAAAACUAAUAAAUGUUUUCAUCUAGACAAUACAAUCAUAAAUAAAUUUAAUUAUUCUCCGGUUUUUUAUAACCACCCAUAUAAAUAUAAUAUAAAUAAUUUAUUAUAUACCAAUAAUAAACAUUUUCUUAUGAAUAAAUUUAAUAAUUUUUACAAAAAUGUAAUAAACCAUGACCCUAUAUAUUUUGUAAAUAAUUUAAAUACAUCUAACCAGAUAAAUACUUAUAACAAUUCAAUCAUGAAUAAAAAUAAUUCCAUUUUUAAUAACUUAGCAAACAAUAAAUCUUAUGAUUAUUUUGUUUUACAUAAAAAUACAAACAUAUAUCCAGACCAAGACUAUACAAAUAAUAAUUAUUCUUCCAUAUAUACACAUAAGAAAUUAAAAAAAAACAAUAAUACAUAUCCAUCCUAUAUUAUUAACAAACUAAAUCCUAACCAACCUCAAUCAAAAGAAUUCAACUCAUUGAAUACCUCGAAAUAUGAUACCCCUUAA